AUGCUAUAUGGGGACUCCACGUGGUGGAAAAUAGACGGAUUUGACUUCAAAAUCCAAGAAAACGAUCAAGGCCAAGGUAUUAUAGUUUUUGACAUCUCAGGACAAAGAUUGAACUGUGACAGCUUAUAUAGCAUUGUAGAAAUUAAUUGUCAGAGGGUGUAG